GACUUUAGACCUUGACCAUACUAAGUCAGACGCGGAAGGCAAAGGGACUAGCAAGCUGGCAGGCAAAAGGAGUGGCACACCCCACUGAAAAGGGCAAUUAAUACCCAACAAUGGCAAAAUUCCUGUCCCAAGAUCAAAUCAAUGAGUUCAAAGAAUGUUUUUCUCUCUACGAUAAGAAGCAUAAAGGCAAGAUCAAUGCCAGUGAUCUCAUCACUGUUAUGCGCUGUCUGGGCAGCAGCCCCACCCCCGGAGAAGUGGCCAGGCACCUUCAGCUGCAGAAAGUUGACAGGACUGGAGAAAUGGAUUUUUCAACUUUCCUGACCAUCAUGUACAGGCAAAUGCAGCAAGAAGAUCCCAAGAACGAAAUCCUCUUGGCCCUGUUGAUGGCAGACAGGAAGAAGACUGGAUUCAUUUCAGUGGCAGAGCUGAGGGCCAAGUUGAUGAAUCUAGGAGAGAAACUGUCUAAGGAGGAAGUGGACAACCUCCUGAAGGAAGCCAAAGUGGGCCACAAUGGAAUAGUCAGGUAUGAAGACCUGGUCCAAUCCAUCACUCUCCCUGUUGCCGACUACUGAAUCAUUAAGGAAGGAAACAGAAGGGCAACCGUCGUCCUUGUGGCUUGCAGUGCUCCUUCAGGUGCUUGAUGGAACAACUGGGAUCUCUCCCACUUACUUGCCUUAAAUGCUUUGUCUUUUGGAACCCUCAAAAAUAUAUAGUAGAGAUCCAAUUUUUCCCAGGCCCAAAGUGUUGGUUCAAACAAACCAGUGGAACUGGGCUUGUAUAAAAUGGACCACCUAUUUCACUUCAAUUUCAGUGUUUUAAAAACAAGGUGCCUAGGAAUUUGGGUUAUUUUUCAGUCCUGUGUUGGUGGGCCAAGAAUUUUAAGGUAGCGUACAGGAAGAACUUGCGGGUUAUGUACUAGGAUUAUUCAGCAGGCUUGUGUCUCCUGACCUUGUCAGGAGAUGUGUGGUUAUUUUCCCUGUAUUGAGAAAGCCCAUUCAAAUCUUGUUUCAAAACAAGGUGGGCUUUAAAAACUAAACAGCACAGCAGGUGCUGAGCAGCCACCACCCACGCAACCAGUGGCUACCACUCUUGUCUCUGGGGGGCAUGAUCUACCAAGCCAAAAGACAGCCCCCAAGUUGAGCAGAUCUGAUUUAAGAGUACUUCCAGCACCCACUGGCAGAAAUUGAGAGACAGUAGAGUCCAGUUGUGUCACAUUUGCGCUGGUUACCUAUAGGACUUCUCAACAGACAUGCAAACCUCCCUAAAAGCUUUCCUGCUGAUGUAAAUUUACAGUGUGCAAAUUCAGCAACAUUUAUUCCAGAAGAGACAACGUAAUAAUGCUUUUUAUUACAUCUAAAGAUGUUUUACAUAAACAGGUAACAUUCAGUAGGGUAAACCAUUUUUUUUCCAAUGCAUGUAAUAAAUAUUUUCACUUGAUACUUUUAUACAAACUGACAUUGGUCUACUAUACAUUUUAUUUAAAAGCCACUUUUAAAACUUGUUUGGCAUGCUGUAUGGAAAACUAAGAGAAAGUUAAGGCAAUGAAUCACAGAUCUGAGUUUAUGGAAUUAAUAACUUUUUUAAAGUUUCUGCUUAUUUACAUAUUGUUUUCCCUUUUGUUAAUUAGAGCAACAAACAGCAGCACAAGCCGGGGGCCUCUGGCAGGUUCUCUCUCAAUAAAAAUCUAAGCUCUCAUUGAAAGGAAAAUAAUAAAAACAAAGCAAGACAUAAUGUAUUGUGAAAAAGAAAACACCCUGAAAUGUUUAAUGUAAUGAAAAAGAUUAACCACAUUAAAAAAAAACAAGGACUAGCUACAAGUUCGGUGGAAGGUUUCUAAAAGUGCCUUCUUCCAGGGGAGUAUGGUAUAUGUUUGAUAGGGAUAAGAAAAUCUGGGAAUGCAGUUAUGAAAAUAUUGCAAGACUUUGCAACAAACUGCUAGUUAAGUCUUAGCAAGGUUUAAUUUGGUUUUGCUUUUAGGUAAAAACAACAACAACAAACUCUGCAUCGAGUAAUGCCCACAGAAGUGAUUCAGAAUCACUCUACCCCUGCUAUUAUACAAGGAUCUUGCAUCUGUGUGUACUUGUGUAGACACACACACACUCUCACUCACUUACUCACUCACUCACUCCCCCAAAAUUUUUGUACAAAGUGAGACACACAUCCAAGCAGCACACAUCCCUCUACUUCUCUUUUGGAAAAACAAGGACAAAAAAAAGGGAGCCAACAAGUUAUGAAAUGCAAGAAGUAUGCUUUCCAUAUUCAAAUUUAACAGGAUUUGUGUGUUAACUAAAAAAACACCCCUUAACUCCAUGUUACUAAAGCAAAA